AUGCGCGGUCUGAACAAGCGGUGUCCAGAGGUCUCCAUUGCCCGCCACCCCCACGCCAUCCGCAACUGCAAGGGUCCGAAGCUGCACAGCCGUUCGGGCAGCCCGGGCAGCCAUGAAUGGGCGCCUGCCACGCCCUCUGACAUCCUCCCGGUCAUCGAAAGUUUUCAUCUGCCCGAUCGUCUGCGCCCCCGUGUGCCACACGAGGCGAGAUUUGAUGUGGAGAGGAUCCCAGCUGUCAUUGAGCUGUGCGUUCAGGCGGGUGUGGACCUGCCAGGCCUGCGCACCGUGCGCCGAACCGAACCUGUGCAAACCACCAGGCCUGGCACCGGCCGGGCCUGGGUGGCAGGCUUGGAGAGCGAAUCAAAGGCAGGAGUGUCUACCAGGGGAGCUUAUAAGGCGGACGAGGGGGAUGUGGUGAAGGCGAUUCUGGAUAUGGCUGAGAUGGACGCCGUGGGGGCGCAGGUGGCGUGGGAUGAGGGGUCCAGGGGUCAGAUGAGGCGGGGGGAGGGGGGGUGGAGGGGGGUGAUGGAGGAGGGUGAUGGGGGCGGGAUGGAGAGAAGGUUGGAGCAGAGGAGCAAUACAGAGGCGGAUUGGAAGGAGAUAGGGAAGGGGGAGGAGGAGGAGGAAGAGGGAGGAGAGGAUGGGGAAGGAGCAGCGGAAGGGGAGGGGAGUCUAAGGGAGGUGGCAGAGGAGGCGUUGAGGGAGUGGGAGGAGCUGAGAGAAGGCGUGGAGGGGCUGAUGGGCAAGUACCCUGUGCUGGUGUGUGGGUACUGCCCUGAGGUGCACGUGGGUGCUGCGGGGCACAAGGUGCGUCUGUGCAACGCCUCCAAGCAGCAGUGGCGCCACGGCCAGCACGGGUGGCAGCCGGCAGUGCUGGCAGACCUGCUCCCCCCCGUGCCUGUUUACCACGCGCGCCACCCGUGCGGCCCCCCGCUGCUGCACGAGCUGAGGGCCUUCUACGGCCACGUGCCGGCGCUGGUGGAGCUCUGUGUGCAGGCCGGGGCGCCUGUUCCUGAUAAAUGGCGGAGGUACUUUAGGCUCGAUGUUGCAAUUCCUGAUGUCAGCGAUGUGGACAAUGUGGUGUGA